CCUUCCGGUCCCACAGUUACUUAAGGCAAAAAUUCUCUGCGCAAAUUGUUAAUUAGUUGAAGUCCCUUGACCAUUCCAUAUUCCAAUGGCGGGAGUGAAGGAAUUAUUGAUAGUCCUGGCGAUUUUGUCAUCAGUUUCAUCAAGACAUCGCCGGAAAUUUCCAAGGCCAUGGCUGGAAGAUCCAGAAGAGAACGAAAUUCCUGGAGCCUCAGGAGGUGAAGUCUGCGACUCAAACGAUUGCCGACAGAUCUCAUCUCUAUUUUCGGAGAGCAUGAACCUUUCUGCUGAUCCUUGCAAGAACUUCUAUGAAUUCUCCUGCGGAAAUUGGGUUGCGAAAAAAAAAAUUCCACCGUAUGAACCCAGUUGGAGUCACUACAGAGUUUUUUAUUACACUCUCCAGCAGCGGAUCCGAGAUACACUGCAGUCAGAGCCUAGUCCAGAGGAUAUUCUUCCGGUUCGACAAGCAAAAAAAUGGUUUAGAUCUUGCAUGGAUUCAGAGACUCGGGAGGCGAGAGGAAUACGACCUCUGGAAUCCAUCAUCAUGCAAAAUGGGGGAUGGCCAAUGAUCAUGGAUGCUGAGGAAUGGAAUGACGAUGAUCUUUCCUGGCAAGAAAUAGAGGCGAAUUACGCGCGUUUGAUGGGAGAAUUCACUUUUUACGACAUAAUACCGUCCAGACAAAUGAGGGAUGAUGAUUCCCAAGGGAAAAUCCUAAUUGCAACUCCUGAUAUACCACUGAUGAAAAAUAUCCCCGUAGAAAACCGGAAUUAUACAGCAGGCGCUAUUUAUGAACAAACCCUUCGAAGUGUCGUGCAAUUGUUCAUCGAUCACACGAAAGCUGACGUUUCAGAGGAGCAGUUGGAAAAUGACAUCACCAAUCUCUUAAAAUUCGAGAAGUCAAUCUCUGAGGCAUUCAAGGGUAAACCCUGGAAAUCAAAAGACACGGCGGGUGAGGAGGAUCUAGAUGAUGACUCUUCCCUCGAUUCUCUUGUCGAAUGGUGGAAUGCAAGAGCUAAAUCAAUGAAAGAACCCGAAGCUCAGAUCGACUGGAGAAGUGUUAUUCAACAAUUCUUUGAUAUCACUAAUACGAAAAUUAAUGGCGACGUAACAAUUUCGAUAAGUGAAAAACGAUAUUUCCUUUUGCUGCGGAGAAUAUUACGAUCCACGGAUAAAAGAACAAUAGUUAACUACAUCCACUGGAAAUUCGUGAGUCGCUACAUGGGGUACACAACAAAAAAACUAGAGGAAAUAAUUUUCAAUUUGGCUAAAAAUGAAAUCGGAAUUACUGCAAGGCCUCCAAAAUGGUUCGAGUGUGUGGAGAAAAUGGAAAUGACGAACGCAGCAGCAUAUGCUUUUGUGAAUAAAUAUUAUCAAGAGAAAACGGCAAAAGCUGCAACCGAAAUGAUGAAAAAUAUAAAAGCAGAGCUGAAGCAUCAAAUAAAGAGCGCGGAAUGGUUGACUCCAGAGGCAAGAGAAUCUGCACUAGAAAAACUCGAGAAUAUGAAGACUCUGAUGGGAUUUCCGGAUUGGUACAAAAAUACAACAGCUGUUGUUAAUUACUACAAGGGGCUGACAAUCGGCAAUGAGCUCUUAGACAACGUUUUGAGCUACGACAGGUACGAGAAAAAAUUGGCGAUCCGCAAAUUUCUAGGGUAUAAAGAUCCAGACACCUGGCAUCUAAAUGCCCUCGCCCUCAACGCUGUGUACCGAUUUGAUAUAAAUACUUUGGAUGUACCGGCAGCUGAUUUUCAACCUCCGAUUUUCGGUCACAACGUACCCGAUUACGUGAAUUACGGGAUUGCUGGAGGUGUUGUUGGACACGAGAUGGGUCACGGUUUUGACGACACGGGAGUCAAGAAGGCAGCGAAUGCCAAAGAGCCGCUGCUAGAUGAAGCGAUGUUGAAGAUGUACUUCCAGAGAGCUCAAUGCAUCGUCGAUCAGUACGAUAACUAUUACAAAGGGCAGACACUCCCUCCGGUGGUGCAAUUUCAUUUAAAAAGGGAAAAUAAACUUUUAUCAGGGGAACCUUCAAUGAGUUGGCUGACCCUAGGUGAAAAUAUAGCAGACAUCACAGGUCUUCAAUCUGUCGUUAAUGCCUACAAGAAAAUGAGAAUGAUUAAAAAACCAAAUGGAGAGCUUAAACUCCCUGGGUUUGAAAAAUUCACUGACGAGCAGAUGUUCUUCAUAUCUCUUGGAGGGACAUAUUGCGACGUAUCAACUCCGCAAUUCGACAAACUGAAGGCAGAGGCUUUCGAUACCCAUAGUCCAGCGGAAUUCCGAGUGAUCGGAAGUGUCUCUAAUACUCAGGAAUUCGCAAAUGUCUUCAAUUGCCCCAAAGGAAGUCCCAUGAAUCCUGAAAAUAAAUGCACCAUUUGGCUGAAGCCUGGAGUUGCGCCAAAACUGAAAUCAAAACGUUCCUCGAGACAUCAUUGGUUUGACAACAGGAACUUCUGAAUAUUUCCCAGACUGUAAAAAAAUCAACGCCCAAAAAUUCGGAAUGAAUUCCUGAAUUCUGUCUGAUUAUCCCAUAAAAAUUGAAUGAAUUCAUAGAAAUUUCAGUCAAUAGUAAAUUUGAGAAUUGUUUCUGAAUUCUAUCGAUUGACAUUUUUUCUAAACCUAUCAUAAUCACGAGAUAUAAUAAAUACUACCGACUAAAUAAACACUUGAUUGAGCA